AUGCUCCGCUUAACCGCUCCCAGGGCGGUUGUUCAAUUCCAAGCCACAUCGCGCGCUCUAGUCUCCGCUACAGCCACUUCGCGCGCUUACGUCACACCCUCUACGCGUGUGUACUGCUCAUGGAAGAAGAAGGACACGCGGAACAUUGGGGGGCGCGCCAACACUACCCCGUUCCCCCUUUUAUCCCAUCCCUUUAUUCCUCCCCCAUUUCCCCACCCCCUCGCCCCUUUCCAGCGCGUGUACUGCUCAUGGAAGAAGAAGGACACGCGGAACAUUGGGGGGCGCGCCAAUGCUCUCAUUGCUGCUAUCCGUGACGUGCCAGACAACAAGGAGGACGUGUACAGAGCUCUCGACGCAUGGGCGGCCUUCCAGCUAGACUUCCCUCUGCUGGCCGUGAAACGCGCGUUGAGAAUCAUGCAGCAGGAGGGCCAGUGGAAGCGAAUACUGCAGGUGUGCAAGUGGAUGCUUGCAAGAGGGCAGGGACGCACCUUUGGGACAUAUGACCUGAUGAUGGAGGCCAUGGCUGCCACGGGACGCCAUGCUGAGCUGGAUGGCACGUGGGAGCGAAUCAUGGGCCGCCACCUGGACACCGUGCCGCGUGCCACGUUUGCACGCGUGAUGAGCCUGUACUCGCAGCAGGGACGGCCGCUUAAAGUUCUCGAGGUGUAUGGCAGCAUGAUAGAGCUGGGUGUGAACCUGGAUGAAGGGAUGGUGAUGCAGGUGCACAGGGCGCUGAUUAACAUCGGGGCAGAGCAGAGAGCAGAGGAACUUCUGCAGGAGAACCAGAGCGUUUUGACUCCACCAGUUGGGAAGGCCGUUCGGGCUGAGAAAGCUUCCACCGCUAGAACAUUAUGA